AUGAAGUCCACUAUUUUCAUGCCACUGGCCUCAGUCGUUGCAAUGCUUCCGACUUUCGCACAAGGACUUGUGAACCCUAUCAUUCCGGGGUUCAAUCCGGACCCAACGAUCAUUAGAGUUGGUCAAGACUUCUUCCUUGCAACUAGCACUUUUGAGUUCUUUCCCGGCGUCCCCAUUUACCACUCAACCGACCUCGUGAAGUGGGAAAACAUUGGCCAUGCACUAUCGCGGCCGUCCCAGCUGAACAUGCGCGGUACCGCUCCGAGUGGUGGUAUCUUUGCGCCAACGCUCAGACACCACGACGGUCUCUUUUACUUGAUUGACACAGUGUUCGACGUGAUCAGCCCUCCGGACAAUGUUACACGGGUGCCCCGUUCAUUUUACGUCACGACCCCGAAUAUAUUUGAUCAGGCUAGUUGGAGUGAACCUACAUAUGUUGACCAGUGGGGCUUCGACCCGGACCUCUUUUUUGACGAUGAUGGGAAAGUCUAUUUGACUUCGACAUUCUCUGAAUUUGUCGAGAAUGGUAAUUUUGCAAACUGGAUCACCGAGAUCGAUAUCAAGACUGGCGACUCCUUGAGUAAUUCCCGUGUUCUCCACACGACAACGGUACCUCCAGAGCUUGGCUACCCACUCACCGAGGGGAGCCACUUGUACAAACUCAACGGCACAUAUUACAUGGUCACUGCCGAUUCGGGAACCGAGGCUAAUCACAAAGCAAAUGUAUAUCGCUCUCAGACUCUGGACGGGCCGUGGGAAGGAAACCCUCAUAACCCUGUAUUGUGGAAUGGCGAAGAUAUGUCUCUGCCAGUACUUGCUACGGGGCACGCAGACAUUGUUGACGACGCCGAUGGAAACUGGUGGGCCGUUUUCCUAGCGAUUCGACCACAGAAUCCUAGGAACAGUACUGGACUUCCUCAGCUUGGUCGCGAGACCUUCCUGUGUCCUGUUACAUGGGACGCUGACGGGUGGCCCAUGUUCAACAACAACGAGCCGAUUGCUGAAUACAUGCCCGACGUUCUGUACGACUUGAACCGGCCCAAGAUAUGGCGCGACGAUUUCGAGGGUGGACUCACUGAUGAAGCCUACUACUAUACACGGACACCAUACAAAGGCUUCACAGACUUCGAGUCCAGCCCUGGCAAGCUCCGAAUCAGAGGCAAUGUUUACACUCUGAACGAUCGCGAAACCCCGGCAGCACUACUUCGCAAGCAGGUCGACAUCAAUACUACCUUUAGCACCGAAGUCAGCUCUUUCAGCCCGGCAUCGUGGAGACAGGAGGCCGGUGCGAGUGUCUAUCUCAGCAUUCACUACCACAACGAAGUCGCCAUUACUUACUCGAAUGAUACUGGUAGGCGAUGCAUAGUCACGCACACUAGAACGGGUCCCGACGCUACACUCAAUACUACCUACAUUGAGGAUGAGGAUGUUGCCAAUGGUGAGCCAGUGAAGCUUUUCAUCGAGGCCAAGGAUGUAGGAUAUCGUUUAGGAUACUCUACAGGAGAUAAAGCGCCAAGUUGGCUUGCGACUGUUGAGAAUCGCUGGCUCCAGUCAUACGUUGAGGGCUGGCAGAACUUCGUCGGAACCCAUUUCGCGAUCUACAGUACCGGAACCAGACUUCCAACUCUAAAUCCUGCGGACUUUGGGUACGUCCAGACUGAACUGAACUAG